AUGCGGCGAUACCGGGCUCCCGCGUUCACAGCAUGGUCGCGGGGCGGCGUAAAAUCGUUGCGGAGAAAGGCUGGCGGAGGGAGCGAGCGAUGCGGGCGGAGGUCUGAGUCAGCUGUGCGGCGCUCAAGAAGCGAUGGACAGCCAGCAGCACGUCGUUCUCCUUCUUCUCCCGCACCAGCAACCCUUUCCCAGCCUUCCCAGCGACCCUCGAGCGAAAUGUCCACCAACCCGACCCCCUCCUCCUCCUCCUGGCAGCAUCGCGCUCAGGCGGCGUACGACGAGACGCAGGCCAAGAUCCCAGCAGACUGGCGCAUCGACGAGCGUCUCCUCGCGCCCGCCUGGGUCGAUGUCGCCGCGCAAGAUCCGGACGAGGUCGAGCAGCGAGUCGACGGCGUGCUCGCGUCGAGCGGGAUCCUGAGCGAGGACGAGUUGCGCAUCGUCCACAGCGACGCCACGGCCACCGUCAACAAGCUCCAGCGCGGCGAAUGGAGCGCCGUCGCCGUCGUGACGGCGUUCUGCAAGUCGGCUGCCAUCGCACAGCAGUUGUACAGGUGCUGCACCGAGCUCUUCUUCGACCGCGCCCUCAAGCGGGCACACGAGCUCGACGACCACUUCUCGAAGACCGGCAAGCCUGUCGGACCCUUGCAUGGCCUGCCAAUCAGCUUGAAGGACCAGCACGAGCUGAAGGGAAUGCGCAACACGAUCGGCUUCGUCUCCUGGCUCGACAAGCUGGCCGACGCAGACGGUCCUAUCGGCGCAGCUCUCGAGGCAGACGGCGCCGUCCUCUACGUCAAGAGCAACGUACCGACCUCGCUCUUCGGGUCCGAAACCGUCAACCGGAUCUACGGACGCUGCCUGAACCCGCUGAACCGUCGGCGCGGUCCCGGUGGUUCGUCUGGCGGCGAAGCGGCUCUCCUCGCCUCCUUCGCGUCUCCCCUCGGACUCGGUAGCGACAUUGCAGGCCCGAUUCGCAUCCCAGCAGCGAUGUGCGGUGUGUACGGCUUCAAACCCUCGUUCGGACGCCUGCCUUUCCUCAGCGGUCGAGGCGUCGGCGGAGGCGCCGAAUUUGUCUACCCCGUAUGGGGACCUCUCGCACGCUCUAUUCCCGACCUCGCCUUGCUCAUGCGGUCGGUCAUCGCAUCGGAGCCUUGGAGGAUCGACCCAACUUGCGUUCCGAUGCCUUGGAAGCCGGUCACGCUCAACCGACCGCUUCGAAUUGGCGUCUUGCGCGACAACGGAAUGGUCCGACCGCAUCCGCCCAUCCGGCGAAUGCUUGACGAGACGGUCGAGAAGCUGAAGGUGGCAGGUCACGAAAUCAUUGACUGGGACGUCGCCCCUCUGCACGCCCAGGCGCUCAAGAUCGGUUUCGCCUUCCUCUUCCAAGACGGCGGCGCCGCUCUCCGCGCAGAGCUGAAAGACGAGCCGGUCCUUCCGUGCAUCUACACGGGCAAGCCUGGCUCGGAACUGACGUCGGACGAGAUGCUGAAGUUCUACUGGGAGAUGUUCGGGUUGCGGAUCGAGUACCGCCAACGCUGGAACGCCCUCAAGCUCGACGCCGUCAUUUGCCCCGUCGCUUCACACGCAGCCGUCUCUCACGACAACUACAACGACUGGACGCAUACCUUGCCCUGGAACGUCCUCCAGUACUGCGCGCUGGCGAUGCCGGUUGGAAAGAUCGAGGAGGGCGAGAUGCAGGUGAGCAAGGAGUAUAGGCGGGAGGAGCCGAGGAAGGUGGAGGUGUUGAGGGAGGGGUUGAAGAAGGUCAGGGGCGAGGAGGAGAACCGCGCGAUGUGGCUCGACAACAAUCUCCGCCGCGACAGCCUCGGACUCCCUCUCUCGCUCCAAGUCGUAGCACCCACCUACAUGGAUGAGCAGUGUCUCGCCGUCGCUUCCGUCAUCGAGAAAGUCGUCAAGUCGUAG